GUAGAUGAACUUAUUAAAGAUGCAAAAAAUCAAUGGCUUGAAAUGAAUGAUUACGAUUAUGAUCUUGAUGAAGAAUCGUUUCCCCUUCCUUUAAUUAAACUAAAGGUAGAAUACAGUGGAGGAUUCACAGUAUUAAAUAAUCGACAAUUUGGGCAGAAAUUUGUAAACCUUGUCGCAAACAACCAUGAAAUUUUAUUUUUUUAUCGUAGAAGAGUAACUGAAAGAAAAAAAAAUACUACACAAUCUACGGAUUUAGCCGAUGAAUUCGAAAUGCCUGAAAAUCUUUCCCACAAUUAUGUCACUGAUCUUGUUACUGAGAAUAUGAAGAGUCUUAGUAUAUUACCGGAAAAUGCAUUGAACGAAGCUACGACAAUUUUUGUUGAUAAAGAUGAUCCUCACGCUAUUGAAGGAUUCUAUAAUAAUACAAUUAAGAAAACAAGAACAAAACUUCGUCAAGAAAACCUAAUUUGCGAUGAUAAAAUUCUUGUCGAACAG